AUGGGACAGAUUCUUGAUAAAGUUGUUACAUUAUCGGAUGGUAAUAUAGAAACAUUUUCUCUUAUUUGGCUUGAUACUUCAGUUAAUAAAACCGAUGAAAAUCUUCGAGCUCAAGUUGAACUUCAAACAACAGUUAGUCAAUUAAAAACAUUUGAAGAUUUAAAUGAAUGUAUAAAACAUAUACAUUCAUUACGUAAAGAAGAUCGAAUUGUUUUAAUUGUUAGUGGUUCAUUAGGUCGACAUAUAAUACCACGUAUUCAUCAAUUGGAACAAGUCUUAUCAGCUUAUAUUUAUUGUCAAGAUCAAAAUGCAAAUGAACAAUGGUCAAGUCAAUAUUUAAAAGUAAAAGCUGUAGUUACAGAUUUAACCGAACUUAUCUUUCGAAUUCAAAUUGAUCAUGAAAAACGACCAAAAAAUCGAUUACAUGAAACAUUACCAAUUAGUAUUUUUGAUCCGAAAAUAAUUCAUGAAAAACUUACCGUUGAUCUUCAAGGAAAUCUUAUUCAUACACAAUUAUUAAUUAAUUGUCUUCUUCAAAUGAAAGUAAAUAUAGGUGAUAAGAAUGAAUUAAUUUCAAUAGGCAAACAAAUCUAUAGAAAAAAUCGAUCGGAAUUAUCAACUAUUAAUGAAUUUGAACAAAAAUAUACAUCAAAUUCAGCUAUUUGGUGGUAUAGUAUAGAUUCAUUUAUAUUUCGAUUAUUCAAUAAAGCACUUCGUAUACAAAAUCUUGAUAUAUUAUUUUAUUUUCAAUUUUUUAUUAUUGAUAUACGACGACAACUGGAAAAACUUCGUUCUACAACUCCAAUUAAAGUUUAUCGAAGUCAAAUGAUGGCACAUGAUGAAUUCAAAAGAUUAAAAAGUUCCCUUGGACAAUUUAUUACAAUAAAUGGAUUUUUUUCAACUACUUUAGAUUCUAAUCUAGCUUUAUCAUAUUUCGAUAAUAAUACAGAUGAUUCCGAACGAAUACUAUUCGAAAUUGAUGCUGAUCCACGAUUAAAUAGUGAUAAACCAUUUGCUAAUAUUAAAUCCUAUGGUUCGAAUAAAGAAGAUGAAAUAUUAUUUAUGAUCGGAUCAAUUUUUCAAAUUAUUGAAAUCAAUCGUCAAGAUCGAAAUAUGUGGAUUAUUAAAUUAAAAUUUUGUUCUGAUAAUAGUGAACAAUUAAUGUCAAUUGAUGAUGAUAGUAAAUUACUUUCAUUUGGUCAUGUACUUACAACAAUAGGUAAAAUCGAUGAAGCUGAAACAUAUUAUCAACGUUUACUUGAAGAUUUUGAAUUUAUAAAACAUGUUGAUUUAGCACGUUGUUAUGAAGCACUUGGAGAUGUAGCUAAUGAAAAAGGUGAUUAUGAUACAAGUCUUGAAUUAUAUCAUAAAUCACUUAAAAUAAAUCUGGCAACAUCAAAUAAACAAUCAAUAGAUAUUGCAUCAAAUUAUAAUCAUCUUGGAGAAAUUUAUCGAAAGAAAGGUAAUUUUAAAAAAGCAUUUAGUUAUUAUGAAAAAGCAUUAACAACUUUGGAAGACAGUUCAUCAGGUAAAAGUCUUUCAAAACAAGCUAUAUGUUAUAAUAAUAUUGGUAUUGUUUAUCAAGAUCAACAAAAUUAUAAUGAAGCACUUGAAUAUUAUAUGAAAGCUUAUAAUAUACGUAAGAAAUAUUUUCCAUAUGAUGAAAUAUCUUUAGGUAUGUCAAAUAAUAAUGUUGGAAAUGCUUAUUAUUUUCUUAAACUUUAUGAUGAAGCAUUAUAUUAUUAUCAAGAAGCGCUGAAAAUCUAUAAAAAAUGUCUUCCUCCACAACAUCCAAAAUUUGCAUCAACUUAUAAUAAUAUAGGUGCGAUCUAUGAUGAUCAGAGUAAAUUCAAUGAUGCUUUAAUGUAUUAUACAGAUGCAGCUAGAAUCUAUCAAAAUAUGUAUCCCCCUACACAUCCAAAUAUAAUGAAAAUAGAUGAAAAUAUUCAACGUAUUUUAUCUAAAGUUAAAAAUUAA